CAUCAAAGGGCCAGUAACACAACCACGUUCAUCAAUGCGGACGGCCUCUCAAGCUCAUGGGCAUCAUCACUAGUGACGCUCGUCCCAAGAAAAUGCCUUGUUACAGAGUUCAAUACUCGUACAUCAACAUUACGAGGUUACACUGCCUGUGACAAGCACAAUUACGCAAUGUACUACAAUGACAUUGCCCCUAAAAAAGUGUAUACCGAAUACUUUGGGUGCCCGUACUCGGGCACGCCAACGGCUAGCUGGGAUUCAGCAGCGAAUCUUUCAUACUCUAAAUAAGACAUAGGUUAUAACGUUGUAGAUAGCGUUCCCUUGCAUUUGUCUGGCCAUGUCGCUCAGUGACCUGCCACCAUGCGAAGCGUCCAUCUGUCUGCAGCUGCUACCAGAGCUUGCGGAGCGCAUCAUCAGCUUCCUGCCGCCCAACGCGGUCGCCUGCACCGGGCGGCUGAUCAACAAGGCCGCAGCCGCGAAGUUCUGCGGGCCUCGCUUCACAACCGUGAAGCUAUCUUCACCCGUGCCAGAGCAUGCCUUUGCGCAGCACUGGGGCCGCACCGGUGCCAUGCGGGGCCUGACGCUUAAAGCGAGGCGGCAGCUGCUGUGCCUGACGGCCGCUAGCGGUAGCAUCCCCAACCUGAAUGUGCUUGUCGGGAGCAUGGGAUGCCUCCCAAUGCCCCAUAUACUGCAGGAUGCGAUGGGCGCCGCUGCCAGAGCUGGGCAUCCGCAGGCGUUCGAUUGGCUGAAGCAGCGGAAGCACGUCACUGUUGGUGCCUUAGGAGUGGCAGCAAGGGCAGGACAACAGGCCUUCUGCGAGUGGGCCCUGGCCAACGGCUGGAAUUGGAGCUGGGAAGCUGUGUGGGCUGCUGCUCGCGGGGGCCAUGUGGGCCUGAUGGAGUGGCUGCUGCAGCUGCGGCCCGAGGGGGCCUCUCCAUCUGACAAGGGGAAACUCUUGGAGGCUGUAGCAGAGGGCUGCGAGCUUGCAGUGCUGGUGGACUUGGUGAAGCGGCUGGGUGAGAUUGAGAAGCCGAAUGGAACAAUCCUGGCAGGCGCAGCUUGCAGCCGCACACCCGACUGGCAGGCCAAGGUGGAGUGGCUGGAGGCACGGGGUGUCCCCCGCUCUGGUGCUGCCUGUAGUUGGGCUGCCGGCUGCCCAGACGCCCUGGACCGCCUGAAGUGGCUGCGGGGGCGGGGCUACCCCCUCACAGAAGGCGCGGUUGAAGUAGCUGUCCGUUCCAACCGCGUGGGGACUCUGGAGUAUCUCUUGUCGGAGUGUAACUUCAUGCCAGAAAGCCGAUGUGUUGACACGGCAGCAGAGGAUGGUCAUCUGGACGUACUUAAGGUGCUGCAUGCGCAUGGAGAGAGCAUAGGAGGUAUAUGGUGUGCCGCCCGGGGUGGACACUUGCACGUGGUGAGCUGGCUGGUGGAGGAAGUGCUAGGUGAGCGGGUGCUGUGGGGGUGCCCCUGGAUGAUGGGGUUUGCAGCCCAGUCGGGCAACCUGGAGCUGCUGCGGUGGCUGCGGGAGCGGGGCUGCCCCUGGAAUGAAUACACACUCAACAGGGCUGCGGAGGCGGGAUGCGAGGAGGCGCUGGAGUGGCUGGUGAAGCAGGGCUGCCCCUGGGAGGAGAUGGGAGGUGCCUACACAACAGCUGCUCGUCAGGGGGACCUACUCACAAUGCGCUGUCUGCGGAGGCUGGGCUGCCCCUGGGGACCGCCCGGCUUGGUGUUCGAGGAUUGCAUCGAAGCAGGCUGCGACUUGCCUAUCUUGGACUGGCUUCUGAAAGAGGGUUGCCCGGUGGAAUGGAAGAGGGUGGUGGAAGCGGUGGCAAGGAAGGUUCAUCCCGGCAUUAACCGGAUCCCAGAGCUGUGGCAGUGGCUGUGUGACAACACCGACAGCAAGUGGUGGCAGCAGCAGCUGGACGACUCGGAGGCAGGAGAGUUGGUGACCAGAAUGCGACUGCUCUGGGAUGAUGGCCAGCCCUACCGGGAAGCUGCCCGCAACGGCUGACCCUGGGGCCCGCCCGAAGAGGUCUUUACGAACUACAUUGAACACGGGGGGGCGGCUCAGUGGAGGCGGCCAUGCAGGCGGUUCUGGAGGAGAUACGAGCGGAGGCGGAGCUCCAAAGGGCAGCAUGGCAGGAUGAGGAGGAGGAGUGUUAAGAAAACUGGCCGAGGAGUGGUG